GGGCUGAGUCAGCUCAGACUUUUCAGCCCUGCUGGCUUAACCCCUCCCUGCCCGCGGGAGGGGGGGGCAAGCGGCUUUUCUCUCUGGCCUUCCAGCGAGGAGGAAUGGGGGAGUGGUCUGAGCCUCCCGCUGGCUGGGAAGAAGGAGGAAGAGGAGGAAAAAAAAGGUUGCUGGGCGAGAGGAGGAGUUUGGGUUCCACCUCGCAACUUCUCAUCCCUCCCCCCCCUUUAAACUUUUCUGAUUUUUCUUUCUUUCUCUUUCCCCCUUCUAUUUCUUUCUUUUCUUUCUUCCCAGGAAAGAGGGGGAAAAACCCAAGUUUGCAACUCUCCGGGGGCCAUGGCCAAAUCUUACGAUCACCUCUUCAAGCUGCUCCUGAUCGGAGACAGUGGAGUGGGGAAGACGUGCCUGAUCAUCCGCUUUGCAGAAGACAACUUCAGCGGGACCUAUAUCAGUACCAUCGGUGAGAGGGGUUGGGGGGCGGUGAGGGGGGUUCCAGGGGAAUGGGGUGGGCGGUGAGGGGGAGAUCUGGGGAAAGGGAGGGGCUCUGUCACCCCCUUGCACCUCGAUCUUCAAGGCUUCGCAUCCUCCUUCUCCCAGUCCGAAUCCCCCAAGACGUUUGUUUGUUUAUCCGUCAAACGCAUCAAUAUCCCACCUUUUGACGCAAGGGCACGAUUCUCUCCCUCCACAUUUAAACGCCACAACAACUCUGAGAGGUAGGUUAGGCGGAGAGGCCAAGUGAGAUUUGGGCUGAGUGGGGAUUGGAAUAAGGUUACCAGAUUUUUUUCAAUGAAUCCGGGGACAAUUUCCUACUAAAUAGAUGGGGACUGAUUUGUAAAUCAGGGGACUGUCCCCGGGAAACAGGGACAUCUGGCAACCUUAGAUUGGAACCCUGGUCUCUCCCAGAUCGGAGUUUGACACCCUGACCCAUGGGUAGGCAAACUAAGGCCCGGAGGCCGGAUCCGGCCCAAUCGCCUUCUGAAUCCGGCCCACGGACAGUCCAGGAAUCAGCGUGUUUUUACAUGAGUAGAAUAUGCCCUUUUAUUUAAAAUGCAUCUCUGGGUUAUUUGUGGGGCAUAGGAAUUUGUUUUGGUUUUUUUCCCCAAAAUAUAGUCUGGCCCCCCACAAGGUCUGAGGGACAGUGGACCGGCCCCCUGCUGAAAAAGUUUGCUGACCCCUGCAUUACACUGCCAGGAGGAAUGGGCACCCCCACCCCCCGCUAGUGUUAGAGCUGCACUGUGCAUUUAAAGUGCAUUUGAUGCACAUUUGUUAUUAUUUAUGAAAUUUAUAGGCCACCCUUCGUCAAAAGACGGCUUGUCGGUUUGCAACGCAGAAUGCAUAACAUUGUAUCGAGGCAGGUUAAAAAUCAAACACAGUUAUAUUUUAUUUAUUCCAUAAAAUUUAUACGCCGUCUAAUUAUAAAAAAACCCCUAAACAAAACGCAAAGAGGUUUACAGAAAGAAUUAAACAUCAUAUCGAGGCAGGUUAAAAAUCAAAACAACAGUAUAUAAACAGAGUUAUAUUUUAUUUAUUCCAUAAAAUUUGGACGUAAUCUGAUGAUACAAAGCCAAACGCAACUCAAAGCGGUUUACAGGAUAAAACUGCAAAAUCAUCGGUGAAAAAGUUAAGAGCAACUGUUUUAAAACAUUCCAAGAAAUAAUUGAAAGCUUAAAACUAGAUUUUAAGAAUUGUUUGAGGUGUUUGGAUGGGCUUGCCUAAACAAAGAAGUUUUUGGCAGGUGCUGAAAAGCGUGUGGCGAAGGCACCUGCCUGAUAUCAAUGGGCAGGGAGUUCCAAAGUGCAUGUGCUUCCAUGCGAAAAUAUUUUGAGUUCUGACAAAUGCGGAAGAGGUACCUGUAAUGGUGCCAGUUCCGUUGAUUGAAGCGGUUAAUGGGGCAUGCAUGGGGCAAGGUGAUCUUGCUGGUAAACUAAGAAGAUAAAGCGGUUAAGGGCCUCAUGUACUAAUAGUAACAGUUUGAACUAGUCCUGUAGAAGAAACACAUAAUAAAGUACAUAUUAGAAAUACAAGUAUACCUGGAGCGUCUCCACACCUGACAUUCAGCCCGGACACUGAGGUCCAGUGCCGGGGCCGUCUGGCGGUUCCCUCACUGUGAGAAGCCAAGUUACAGGGAACCAGACAGAGGGCCUUCUCGGUAGUGGCACCUGCCCUGUGGAAUGGCCUCCCAGCAGAUGACAAGGAAAUAAACAACUAUCCGACGUUUAGAAGACAUCUGAAGGCAGCCGUGUUUAGGGAAGCUUUUUAAGGCUUAAUGUUUCACUAUGUUUUUAUAUAUGCUGAAAGCCACUCAGAGUAGCAACCCAGUCAGAUGGGUUUUUUUAAGAUAAAUAAAUUAUUAUUAUUAUUAUUAUUCUGCAUAAUAACAACAGCAUAAAACAUACAGAGGGAUAAAAUGAGCAGCAUUGUAUCUAAAAGCACAGCCCACCCAAGGGCACACAUACAAAACCUUUCUCUCUGUCCAAACGUCAGGCAUAAUCUUGGCCACCACAGAAAAUGGCAGACCCUCCCAGCCCUCACCCGGGAGCUUCCCUUUCCUCUGCCUGUCUCCCACCCUAAGAGAUCUUCACCUCCCUGCUUCUCACCCAGCUCCUUCCACCACCCACCCACCACUUGAAAGCACAUGACUUCCUUCAAAGUAUCUUGGGAACUGUAGUUUGUGGAGGGCGCUGGGGAUCGUAGCUCCUUGAGGUGGGAACUCCAGUUCUCGGGCUGCUUGUUAUGAGAUGGGUGUUCCUUGGGUGUGCAGAUCUUUGGCAGAAUCCAUGCGACAGGGCGCUCAAUUGCCGAGGUAUGGGCUUCUCUUAAAAAUAGUUUUAAGAUUCCAGUCCUCAUGGAACUGAAUAAACUGGAACUUGGGAAGUAGUCUUUAGUCUUCUUUCUUCUUCUUCUUUGGCCAUCACUCGUAGCUGAGUAAGAUUGUCUUCCAUAAACACGGUUUUAACAAUGAGUCCGUAUGUCACUGUGGAGGCCAAUUCUGGAUCCCCACGUCCUUCCACGGUGGGGACAUUGGUUCCCAGGCAGGAGUUGAUCACGGUGUGGAUUUGCCAAGCGUGCCUUCCUCUUAGCAUGUUUCUCCCUUGUGUCCUGAGUUCGAGUGUCUUCAAAGCCCAUGACACCUUUGGUAAAGGCUGUUCUCCAACUGGAGCGCUCGCAGGCCAGUGUUUCCCAGUUGUCAGUGUUUAUACUAUCUAGUACAGUACUGUCCGCACUGACUGGCAGCAGCUCUGCAAGGUUUCAGGGAGAGGUCUCUCCAGGUAGGGCUGGGCUGUGUCCUGUGUUCCUAAGAGAUGGAUGGCCACCUGUCAUGGAUGCUUUAGCUGAGAUUCCGGCAUUGCAGGGGGUUGGACUAGAUGACCCUCGGGGUCCCUUACAAUUCUAUGAUUCUGUUAGAGUGUGAGCCCAUAUAUGUGUGCGUGAGUAGCUUGACUCCAUCUUCCCCCUAUCUAGGGAUCGACUUCAAAAUCCGGACAGUGGACAUUGAAGGGAAGAGGAUCAAGCUGCAGGUUUGGUAUGUGCUUGCGCAAACCUUUCAUGAGUCUCUGCCCCCAAGGCGCUUGCAAAUAUACAUUUUGACAGCAGAGCAGGAGACAGGCAGGAGUCUCCAAAUGAGCAGAGGCAGGGAACUCUGUGCUUUUGGUUUAUUUCAGUCGGGAGAUAAAAGGACUGGGGAGUUUGGGCUUCGGGGGGAAAGUCGAGUUUCAGACAGAGGCAUUUGAAGAAAGAAGGUCUGAAAAAGCACCCUUUGGGUUGAGAAAGGAAGAAGGUCAUGUGGUCAUGUGGCCAGCAUGACUAAGCCGUUUCUGGCGAACCAGAGCAGCACACGGAAACGCCGUUUACCUUCCCGCUGGAGUGGUACCUCUUUAUCUACUUGCACUUUGACGUGCUAUCAAACUGCUAGGUUGGCAGGAGCAGGGACUGAGCAAUGGGAGCUCACCCCGUCGCGGGGAUUCGAACCACCGACCUUCUGAUUGACAAGUCCUAGGCUCUGUGGUUUAACCCACAGUGCCACCCGCAUCCCACAUGUAUUACUUAAUUUGAAAAGGGAUCAAGACAAAUUCGUGGAGGAGGAGAAGUCUUUAAAAGGCUAUCAGCUAAACGAGUUAAAUGGAACCUCCUGGUUCAGAGGCAGUCUGCCUCUGAAUAUGAAUUGCUCUGGGGGGGAGGGGAUAAACAGUAGGGAAGAUCUGCUUCUGUGCUUCCCAGAGGCAUCAGAUAUGUUGCUGCGAUGGACAAUGCUGGACUCGAGGAGCCUUUGGGUUUAAUUCAGCAGCAAGGCUCUUCCUUCGUGCGUACAAGGCUUCGGAACGGGUGCCGAUGGGAGGAGGUUUCAGAUAACGGUCCCCGCCUCUUGCGAUUUUCGACUUCUUUCUCUUGUAGGGACACGGCCGGCCAGGAACGGUUCAAGACCAUCACCACAGCGUAUUACCGGGGAGCCAUGGUAUGGAAUUCCAAUACCCAGCAUCCCCUAGCUUCUUGGCCAGGCUGCAAUGUCAUUAUGCGAUUGGUGUCAGAAGUGGGAUCUUUGUAGCCUGGGGGGGGGCCCUAACAUAUGGUCAAAAGGGCCAAGAUGCAACAAGGCCACCAAGGAAGGAUUUUGCCAUUGGGGAGAAGCUUACGGCCAGUAAAUGUGUGUGUGUGUGUGUGUGUGUGUGUGUGUGUGUGUGUGUGUUUUAAUUGGAAUUCUGGGAUAAAUAUACAAACAGCAGGUUUCUUUAUUUUUUUGAAUUUGCCUUUUAUUUAUUUGUUAACAUUCGUAUAUUACAUUGGUAAACGUUGUCAUUUUACAUUACAGGACUUACUAUAAUUUCCAACAUGUAUACAAAAAUUAUAUACAAAUUUUAUAUACCUAGAAAUAAAAUGAAAGAAACCAAAAAAGAACAAAGAGAAAAAACGAAAACAAAUCCCCCCCCAAAAAAUCAUAUACAUGCCAACACACUAGACUUCCUGUCUUUCCCAUUGUAUAUUCCUUUUUUACAAAUGAAUGUACUCUUAUUAUUGUAUAUUUCUUUACAUAUUAUCUAAUACAUUCCUAUAUUAAUAUGUGCUCUUAGUCUUAUUUCUCAACUCGGUCUCACUCCAACGUCAGUCAAAUGCUAGCAGGUUUCUGCAACUUGACCUUGAUGUCAGAUGGGUAGAUUUUUUAAUUUGUUUGUUUGCUGCGUUGCCGUUCGUUCUGUAAAAACGCAAGCCAGUAUUAACACCCGGUUCCUUCCCAGGGGAUUAUCCUUGUGUACGACAUCACAGAUGAGAAAUCCUUUGAGAACAUCCAAAACUGGAUGAAGAGCAUUAAGGAAGUGAGUGAGCAUGAGGAAAAGUGGGGGGUGGGGGUGGGAUGGAGAGGAUCUGUGGCUGGCAUGCGCCCACCCUGUUUUCUCGUCCGCCCUCUUGCCUACCGCCCUUCUUCCCCGGUAUGGAUCCGACAUCGCCUUGCGGUAGACGGGGGGGAAGGCAGGAGGGCAAUGGCACUGUGGGCACGAUGACUCUGUUCUCCCUCUAUGGCUGCAGGCAAUGAGGUUGCUGGGAAUUGCAAGGAGGGGGAGAGUGUUGGGAUGUGUCCUGGGAGACGGGGGCAAUUGGCAAGCCCCCAGCUGGCUCCAGCCCACUAGCCGGCAGCCGGGCAAACUCCGGUUCUCAGAACAGCAUCGAAACUGCGACUCGAGCCUCAGAAGCCUUAGAGACUGAGCACGCAAGCCAGCAGAGAUAAGAACUCUUUGCAACGGAAGGGUGGACAGAGCCAUAGGUAAAGGUAAAGGGACCCCUGACCAGUAGGUCCAAUCGUGACCGACGCUGGGGCUGCGGUGCUCAUCUCGCUUUAUUGGCCGAGGGAGACGGCAUACAGCUUGACUAGGCUGCUUCUGGUGAACCGAGCAGUGCAUGGAAAUGCUGUUUACUUUCCCGCCGGAGCGGUACCUAUUUAUCCACUUGCACUUUGACGUGCUUUCGAACUGCUAGGUUGGCAGGAGCUGGGACCAAAGAACGGGAUUCGAACCGCCAACCUUCUGAUCAGCAAGCCCUAGGCUCUGUAGUUUAACCCACAGCGCCACCUGCGUCCCUAUGUAAGCAUAUUUAGAAGCAUUUUAUUAAGCAUCAGGACAAAGGAAAAAAACGUCUGCUCCUCUUCGUGUCCAAGCAAAAGCAUAAGUGAAAGCUAUACACAACGGAAGUUCCCAGCAGGCUGUGCUGGAAGUAAACAGAUAUGUGACAUACAACAAUCCACACAUCUGUUUUAAGGUGGAACGGAACAUCAUAAUCCUAACAGAGAGUAGGUCUUGCGCCCGGAUCCUGCUGGUGGACUUCCCAAUGGGGCAUCCCCGUUGACCACUGGGAGAACAGGAUUCUGGACUAGAUGGGCCACUGGUCUGAUCCCGCAAGGUUUUCAUGAGGAUCAGGGUGGGAAAACCUGAAACCUGCCUGGUCAGUGUCUGGAUCUCUCUGCCCCCCCCCUUUUCUUCUGCAGAACGCUUCGGCCGGCGUAGAGCGCCUCCUGCUGGGGAACAAGUGCGACAUGGAAGGCAAACGCAAAGUGCCCCGGGACCGAGCAGAGAAGGUAUCUGAUGUAGCCAGAGUGACAAACUCAGGCGGGGCAGAGAGACAGGGUGUGGCGGGGAGGAAAUGGCGCAAGGGGUCGGGCGCUUGAAGGUUUGAGUGCUGAGCUGAGCGGUUUUCUGGAGCGCCUCACCCCCUCAGUGAAACCUUCCUGCACUCGGAUUUAAUGGUGAGGUUGGGGAGUUAUUCAUAGAGUGAUUUGCUCUAUGAAGCACUUAAACAGUUUGCCUGGGCUGCCUGCCAUCCUGUGUUGGUGCUGCCACCUCUUGGUGGUCACAUAAACUGCAGUGUGAUGACAGCCUUAAUUUUUUAUGUAUAUAGGUGUAUAUCUCCACACCCACACCUAUAUACAUAAAAAAGUAAGGUCAUCACGCUGCUCUCUCUAUCUGUGAGUGUGUGUGUGUGUGUGUGUGUGUGUGUGUGUGUGUGUAUCUAUCUAUCUAUCUAUCUGGGUGGGUGUAGGUUUUUCAAAGAUGAAGCAAUAACCAAAGUAACCAUUAAGAGGGUCAUAUGUAAAGAAGUAUCAGGAAGCCCAAGUUAUGAUGUCAUCAUCCAGGAGGGAAUAUUAAAAGUCACAUUCAUUCACCCAAGAUAAUCUUUCCAUCAGUUCCUCUGAUUCCUUCCUGCUCUUGCACUUGAGCAGCUGUUCAGGUUUUGUAACAAACUAUGUGUGACGGGGGAAGGCUUACGUGUACCCUUUCCUUGCUGUCAGUCAACCAAGCAAGUCUGAUGCCUGCCCACCCCUAUUCUAUGGGGUCAGGAGAAGACUGAGAAGCGUUGUGGGGUGGGUGCAGCAAGCGUUGCCAAAGAGUUGGCGUUAAGACAGGUUCCCCGCCAUUCCAAGGAUCCCAUUUCUUUCCCAACAGCUAUCCAAGGAGCACGGGAUCAGGUUUUUUGAGACGAGUGCGAAAUCCAGCUUGAACGUAGAAGAGGUGAGUGGCGGGAAACUCUCAUUUAUUUCAGCAUUUUGCUGCUGCGUUUCAGGGCUACAUCACUGCAGCUUCUGCAUAAAAGAAGUGUGUGUGGUGUCUAUAGAGUCGGUAGCAGGAAAUGGGGACCCUGAGGUCCUCUAGGUGUGGUUGGACUCCAGCUCCCAUCAUUCCUGACCAUUGGGCCAUGCUGGCUGGGGAUGAUGGGAGCUGUAGUCUUAACAACACGUUUUAUGCAUCCCUGCUUUGUUAUCUCCAUAAGUGCAUUUGGUGCGUGAUCCCUGAUUGGUUGGGAUGUGAUUGGACCCAGGGCACAAAGGAAGGAACCUAGAUCCCUGCAGCUGUUUCUAGCGGAUCACAACUCCCAUAAUCUUUGACCAUUGACUGUGCUGGCUGAUGGGAGUCCACCGACAAUUGGAGAGCUGCCUAGGGGGCCACCCCACACUCCCAGAAACACAACAUAAACAUCGAUAUGUGCUUCAUUCAUAAGGCACCUGGUUCUUCAGGGGCACAGUUGCCCCAUUCAGGACCAGGGAGUCCUCCGUACCUGCCUGCCCCGUCCCCAAAAUCAGUACUUCUGUCUUGUCAGGAUUCAACCUCAAUCUGUUAGCCGCCAUCCAUCCUCCAACCGCCUCCAGACACUCACACAGGACCUUCACCGCCUUCACUGGUUCUGAUUUAAAGAGAGGUAGAGCUGGGUAUCAUCCGCAUAUUGAUUGACACCCAGCCCAACCCCCCUGAUGAUCUCUCCCAGAGGCUGCAUGUAGAUGUUGAAAAGCAUGGGGGAGAGGACGCAACCCUGAGGCACCCCACAAGUGAGAGCCCAGGGGUCUGAACACUCAUCCCCCCAACACCACUUUCUGAACACGGCCCAGGAGGAAGGAGCGGAACCACUGUAUAACAGUGCCCCCAGCUCCCAGCCCCUCUAGACGGUCCAGAAGGAUGUUAUAGUCAAUGGAGGGCUGCCCUCCUCCCAAAGAGUGACGGGCUUUAUAAAUGGGAGCAAAGGAAGGCCUACCUCACAGGGGUGUUGUGAAGGCAUUUUUUGCAUGUUAAAAUAAUAAAUGAAUGUGACAGAGGUCAGAUGGAGACUCAUCUCUGUUGUUUCCCCCCUCCAGGCUUUCAGCACGUUGGCCCGGGACAUACUUCUGAAAUCAAGCAAAAAAUCGGUGAGGAAUCUGUGAGAAAGAGGCUGGGGGGCUUUUUGGGGGGGGGGGACUUCCCUGAGCAGGGGUGUGAUGGUUCAGGGUUUGGACAGCUAGCCUGACGAAGGAGGGGAAGAGGUGGAUGAGAAAUCUGAAGUCACUGGGUGGCUGGGGCCUAUCAGAGCCAGUGGUGGACUUGGGUAAUAGAUUAGGGUUACUAGAUGUCCCCGGAUUUGCAAAUCUGUCCCUGGACAAAUUCCAUCCCCAGAAUGUCCCCAGAUUUGCAAAUCCGUCCCCGGGAAACGUGGCAGCGGCAGCCUCAGCAGCCCGGAGUCAGCCUGGUAGUGCAGUUGGCUCUGGCUGGCUCCAGGAGCUGCUCGCUGCCCUCUGCUGUAGCACCCGCCAUUUUUCCUUGCCGAAACUUCUGGCGAGGCAAAAUGGCGGGCGGCACGGCAGCGAGCAGCUCCUGAAGCCAGCCAGAGCCAACUGCGCUACCAGGCUGGGUCCGGGCUGCUGAGGCUGCUGCUGCCACUGCCGAAGGGGAACCGGGGACGUCUGGCGGUACAGAUCUCCUACCCCCUUCCCCCUUUGUUUUGACUUAUCGGGGGAGGCUCAGGAGUUGCGGGCGGGUGGCCGUUGCCCACUUUUUAAAAAACUCUGUGCAUUUUAUGUUUCACAAGGUGCGAAAGAAGGGGUUUGCACCUUGCCUGGCAGAGAAACCCCGCGCCUUGCGCCCCUCCUGGGCGACAGCUGCCCACCCGCGACUCCCCCGAUCUGUCAAAACAAAGGGGGAAGGAGAUUGGGGAAAGCUUGGGAGUCACGGGCAGGUGGCGCUCCAUUGCCCAGUUUUUUAAAAACUCUGUGCAUUUUAUGUUUCACAGGGUGCAAUAGAAGGGCUUUGCACCUUUAUACAAUAUGCAUGCGUGCUUGGGCCCAGGGUCUUUUGCCUCACCAUCUCCACUACAGUGGUACCUCGGGUUAAGUACUUAAUUUGUUCCAGAGGUCCGUACUUAACCUGAAACUGUUCGUAACCUGAAGCACCACUUUAGCUAAUGGGGCCUCCUGCUGCCGCCAUGCCGCCGGAGCACGAUUUCUGUUCUCAUCCUGAAGCAAAGUUCUUAACCUGAAGCACUAUUUCUGGGUUAGCAGAGUCUGUAACCUGAAGCGUAUGUAACCCGAGGUACCACUGUACUGACUCCCUGUUGCUACUCAGCUUCAAAAAAAAAAGUGUCCACGGAUUCAAUGAAAAAAUCUAGUAACCAUAUAGAUGCCAAAAUUUGACGCCCCACCUUGUGCGACCUUCCCAAAGCCAGCUAAGAGAGGCACCAGACUUUGGGAAAGAGGAACGAGGGUCUGGCGGGGUCCUAGAGCCAACCCUCUUCCCAAAGCUGGGAAAAUGCUAACUAGGCUUUGAGAAGGAGCAAACAGACAGUAUGACCCUGUCAGAGCCUCAAGCCUCCUUUCCAAAAACCAUGGAGGGCAGAGCACAGCCAUUGUGGCUAGCAGCUGCUGAUAGCUUUUCCCUCCUCCUCCUCCUGUGGAUUUGUCCAUUGCCAUCCAAGCUGGUGGCUGUCCUCACCUCCAGUGGCAGCGAGUUCCACAGUUCAACGACGUGCUCUGUGUAAUAGUACUUCCUACCCUAUUGUCCGUCUCUCCUCUCCUCCAGGCUCAGCACGUCAAAGGCCCUUUGGAGCUGAAAGCAUCACAGAAAAGCAGCAGUAAAUGUUUGGUGGUGUAGCGGCGACUGUCCCGUCCCGUCACUCCUCUGCCUUGUCGUAGGACGUACCCCUUUUGCCAUUUACGCUCCAAAUGCCUCCGCUUUCUUCCACGAAGCUCAGAAACCCUUCCGGGCGGGACCCCGGGAGUGGGGGCUGACGGCAGGUGGGGCUCGCAGGCCGAGACCUCCCUCUCUUCCCCCUUUUGCGUCCCCACAUUCCUUAGCCGUAGGGAAUAUAUACUAUUUGGAAGGGAUCUCGCCCGAGGGAUGUGGGUCUAGGGUUGCCAGAACUCCUCUGGCGGUGACCCCAAUUCUCCAGGGUCGCCUGGGCCCCUUCCAGGCAGCUGAGAAGGCCUUAGAUGGGUGAUAGUGCCUUAAAAAAAAUAAUAGCUAUUUUUUAAUUCAGAAAACUACGUGUGCAGCUUCCAAGUUUCAGGUUGGCAGGAGCUAUCUGCAGAUAACUGCAUAUUGCUCCCAAUUAACUUCCGUCUCCAGGGCUCAGUGGUGGAAGUGCAGAGGAAGAACCCCCAGGGCCCAUCCCUAGGUCUCAGGUUUAGACCCUGAAAUAUUAGGGUCUGGGAUGCUCCCGACCUGGCAAACCUAUGGGGGAACCACUACCAAGAUAAUGGAGGGAAUUACAUUUUGGGGGUGAAGCUGGGGGCUUGGCUGCAGUGGAGCCAGAAUGCACUGGGGCCGCCAUGAACCACAGAAUUUGGAAGCGACUCAAAGGGUCAUCUAAGUCCAACCCCUGGACUUUUUUGAGUUGGGGGGGGCACUACAGGAUGCCAACACUUUCCCCAUAACCAGCCUAUUCCCGGGAGAAUGUGUUCGCCCUGUAAUGCAACUUCUUGCUCAUAAGGGCUCUUAUUGCCCCAGCCCAACAUCCCGUGAGGAAGAGGGGUUGCCUUACCCUCUGCCCCCACAGCCCCCCCCCACAUCACGCAGCAGCCUGGAAAUGUGCCCCCAGAAACUCCCCCUCCAGAAAAGACCCACACAACAUUCCACAUGUGCCUCUUAGUUAUUAUUAUUAAUUUUGUUCGGGAACCCUUUGAACAGUAUUAAAAUGUUUGCCGUGAUUUCUGAAUGUCUCCUGUACUAAAUGUGGCAGG